ACAACUUAGCGGCUGUGUACCUGUGGGUUUAUUCUGUGUGUAUUUGGAUGUUCUAAUCUUGGUGUUUUUCCAGUGAUUUCUCUUGGUGCAAUCCAAAUACAGUAGGUGAUGGCGCUGCUUCGCCACAACAAAACUUUUCAAGAGUAUCCUCUAGAUACGCAGUUAGAUCUAAUUAAGUGCAUGGUGUAUCAAAGGUACGAAGCACGUCGAAUUGUUCUAAAACAAGGCCAUCGACCUUUCGCGUUCUACAUCAUACUAUCUGGCACAUGCUUGGUGAAUGUACAGGAAGUUGACUCCAGGACAGGACGUAGUAUGGUCAGAACAGUGAGAGAAAUUACAGGAGGAGACCAGUUUGGUGAAAUCGCUUUUAUGAAUAAUUGCACGCGCACGGCCAGCAUUGUCUGCAAAGAUGACGUAGAACUGUUAGUUAUUCAUGCAGAGGAUUUUAAUAGGAUUAUUCGCGUACCACUAGAACGGAAGCGAGAAGACCACAUUGACUUCUGUAAAAGGCUGGAUAUGUUUAGAAACUGGCCUGUCGAGAAACUGAGAGAAAACAGACAAGGAUUUAUAUAUCAGUAUUUCAAACAAGAUUCAGUGAUAGUGGAAGACACGAGGACUGCAAACUAUAUCAUCAUAGUGAAGGCCGGGCGGUGUAAAGUGGUUGCAAAAAUCCACGAGCUGAAAGCGAGGAGACGGCCGAGUUCCGGUGGCCGCGCUGAAUCAAAUUUUCCUCUAAUCGAAAUGCAGAAAAGAAGAGAAGCAAAAAUGCCAAGAUGUCUUUCUGUGAUCACACCACGUGACCUAUCGCAGUUCAUAACAACGUCAUACAGACGGCGUCCUACUUCCAGAUUGGCUGUUACGCCGACACAUCUGUCACAUGACCACAGAGAAGAAACGCGUCACGUGAACAGGGCGACAGUACCAAAGAGUACAUUAGAAAUUAUGAUGGGCAAGAAAAGUUCGAUAUUAAAAAAGAGUGUUUCGGAAAAAAGUCCCGAACUAGAAGAUUCUGGUCCAUCAGUGGAAAAGAAAGUCAAAUUUCCAAGCGAUGGAAUUAAGAGGACAUGGAAGAGGCUACAAGUGGCUGCCAAGAAUUUACAGGACAAAGAAGAUGGAUCGAAACAAAAGCAGUUACUCGUACACCCAAAUCGAGUACGCACGGUAUUUGCACAGAUAGCAACCAUGACACCAGGAGCCGUGUUCGGACUGGAAUCUGUGAAAUCAACAAGUAAUCUAAGUUUGAUCAGUGAGGGCGCCGAGUGUAUACUGGUUUCCAAGAAACUCUUCCUGAACGAAGCCUCAUCUAAAGUGAUGCAGUCACUCAGUAUCAUGGAAAACGACUUCCCGUCACCAGAGGCCGCUCUCCAAGAAAUCAGAAGAGCGAGAAACUGGGAGAAAUACAAGACAAGAGUGGUGCGAGAUGUUGUUUCAAGGGCGACGAAAAAUUUUUGA